AUGGAUCCAGCUGUGGUUUUGACUGGAACAACAAAUGAACGGAGAGUCGGACACAGUUUUGGUAGUGUUGAGAUUGGUCGUAGCGAAGGUGCCUACAUUUUUCGGGUUGCUUUACUUGGUGUUCGUCGCAAUAGCUGUAAUGUGAAGUAUACUAUUCAACCUAAUGCUCAGGUACAUGUCGAAGGACUGGUGGGAAAUGUUGCAAUGUUAAAGGAUAUGCUAAAUCCGUUUGAAAUGAAAGUUGAACAACUGUGUCCAAGUGGACCCUUCCAUGUUACCUUUGAUUUGCCUGGACCUGUUGACCCCAGGCUAUGUUCUCCCAAUUUUAGGCCUGAUGGUAUCCUAGAAGUUGUUGUCAAAGCCAAGAAACCAUGA